GUCGGCCCCGUCACCUGCCGGGCGCCCGCGCGGAACCCGGAGGGCGAUGGAGGAGGACGAGCAGGAGCAGCGGCGCAGGAAGGUGGAGGCCGGGAGAGCCAAGCUUGCUCACUUCCGGCAGAGGAGGACCAAAGGCGACGGUGCGCGUCCGAAGAAAGCGGCGGCGACGAGGAAGGGCACGGCUGUCGCUGCGCCUGUCCCGGAGGAGAGCCCGCUAGCAGGGUCCGCUGGCGACGCCCCCGGAGCCCCAGGAGCUGUUCAGCCGGAGUGCCCCGAUGGACAGAGGCCGGAAGAUGCCUCGUCGCUGGAGCCCAAGCUAGGUGUCGAGUGCCGGGAGCAGCCUGGGGACCCUCCAAAGGAGCGCGCACUGGAGCGUGAGCUUGCUAAGCCCGGGGGCCCGCACGAAGGCCAGCCCGGCGGGCAGGGUCCAGUGGCCGAGCUGGAGCAGCUGCAGACCCAGCCUCCACCGGGCCUGGAGCUGGAGGCCCUGCGGCUGAGCCUGCACGACGCGCACGCGGCCCACCUGGAGCUGGCGCAGGCCGCCCUGCAGCGGGAGAAGGAGGCAGCGCUGGUGGAGUUGCGGGCCUCGCUCAAUGGCCGGCACGCCCAGGAGCUGGCGCUGGCACAGGGCCGGCAGCGGCGGGAGCUGGAGCUGGUCCGGGAGCAGCACGCGCGGGAGCGCGAAGAGCUGGUGCAGCGGUGGGGCCAGGAGACAGCCGAGCUGAAGGAGAAGCUGCAGUUGGAGGUGGAGAAGAACGUCCGGAUGAUGGAGACCCUGCGGCAGGACUGGGUGUCAGAGAGGGACUUGAGCUUGGAGAGCCUGCGCCGGGAGCUGUCCGCACGGCACCAGGAGGAGCUGGGGCGCCUGCGAGACCAGCUGAGGAAGGAGUCAGUAGAGCAGAAGGCUGAGCUGGAGAAGGCUCUUCAGGCGAAGACUCAGGCUGAACGUGCCCUCCAGACGCUGCAGGCGCAGCAGGAAGCCAUGCCGCAGGAGUUACGGGCAGACCUGCAGACCGAGCACCACCAGCAUGUUCAGGAGCUGGAGUUCACGGAGCAGGAGCAGUGGAGGGAGGAGAGCUUGACCCCGGUGAUCGUGCUGCCUGAAUGCUCCCCGUGCCAGCCAGCAGCGUCAGCAUCCUUCCUUGAGGCCCAGCAGGAGCCGGCCAGCCCAGAGUCCGGCCCAGAGCUCACCCGGGCAUGUCCCCGCCACGCGCAGGACCAGGCCUCGAAAGUGCAGGCAGAGGUGGCCUCCAGAGCCUUGGAUUUGGAAGCGGAGCGCAAGGCGGCGCUCUUGCUCGAGGAGGAGAUCAGCCUCUUGAAAAAAGAGAACAGGAACCUGCGGGAGGAGCGGCAGUGGGACAGCCGCCUGGGGGAGGACGCAGAGCGCGUGCGGCACGACUUGGUUAAAAAGCACCAGGAAGAACUAAAGAAAGCUGAAGAGCAGAUUCAGGUGAUGAAACAAGAUUUAAAGGAAAAAGAAGCAGAAUGGAGAGGCGUACGCGAGGCCCUGCAGAGGAGCGCAGAGGAGACGCUGGCGCGCGCGCUCCUGGAACUGAGCGAGCGGACGGAGUCCGAGAAACAGUCAUUGGCGAGCGAGUUUGAGUGUCGCGAGCGGGAGAUGCGGCAGCUGCAGGCUCAGCAGGCGGCGCAGAUCCUGGAGCUGGAGGCCUCCCUGGCGGAGCAGCAGGGCCGCCUGAGGCAGCUGGAGCAGGGGCUGGCCGCGGAGGAGGCCGCGCCCUGCAGCCAGUGCGGCCAGGAGCUGGCCAUGCGCUGCCCAAAGGAGGACUGCACGCUGCAGCUGACCCCAGCCCCAGACAGGUUUCUGGAAGAACGUAAGGAAACCACAGGGAAGUUCUCCGCAGAACAGGACGCCCGCCUGCAGGAGGCCCAGGAGAGGCACGAGGCCGAACUCCAGCGCCUGCGGGAGGAGCAUCGGCAGCACAUGCUGGCCCUGACCGCUGAGCUGGAGGCACGGCACCAGGCUCAGGCAGCGGAGCUGAGGGCCGCACUGGAGAGCGAGCAGCGGGCCCUGGUGGAUGCCCGUGCGGCUGGCCUGCAGGCCCAGCACGUGGCGGAGGUCAGCGCCCUGCGGACGCAGCACGCGGCUGGCCUUGACACCCUGGGGUCCCGGCACCUGGGUGAGGUUCAGGACCUGGCGCUGCUGUGCAUGGACCUGGAGGGGCAGACGCACGGGAGGGGCCCUGCCCUGCUGUCCGUGCUGCCCCAGGACCCGGAGAGCUCGCUGCCUACAGACCCUCAGGGAGCAUUUGAAAGUGGAAGAGGGCCAGCGCGACCUGAGCGAGAGGGGCCUGGCAGCCCCGAGGGAAAAAAGGCUCUGUCCCUGCAGCCCCGGGAGGACGGCCGCGUCCAGCAGCUGGAAGACCAGGUGUGCGCCCUGCGCCGGGAGGCGGAGGCUGGCCGCUCGGAGCUGGAGACGCUGCAGCGCCGGCGCGACCGGGAGAACCAGGAGGGCGCGCGGCUCCUGGCCCUGCUGCAGGCUGACCUGGGCCUGGCUCACGGCGAGAGGAGAGCCCUCCGCGAGGCCCUGAGGAGGCUGCUUGGCUUGUUUGGGGAGACGGUGAAGGCCGCGGCAGCCCUGAAGACGCGCAUUGGCGAGCGCGUGGGUCUCUGCCUGGAUGCCGAGAGCCCACCUGGAGUGCGGCCAGGGGACGAGGGCCCAUGUGCAGGCCCAGGGCCGGAUGAGACAUGGCCGGGCUUGGAGGCCACCUUGCUGGAGCUGGACAAGACACUGCCCGAGUGCACGGAGGUGUCUUCGGAGGCUGAGAUGAGCAGCCACAUCCGCGACAGCUUCCUCCUGAGCCCAGAGAGCACCCAGGGAUAUGAACAGCCCAUCAGGGGGCUCUACCGGAGCUUGGGCCUGGCGGUGGACGGCCUCCUGGAGAUGGCCCUGGGCUCCACCAGGCAGCUAGAGGAGGCGCGUCAGAUCCACUCUCAGCUCGAGAAGGCAUUCAGCUGCAAGAACGAGGAGACGGCCCAGGUGGUGAGGCAGCACCGGGAGCUGCUCGAGCGUCUGGAUGCCGAGGCGACCAAUAGGACACGGCUGGCCCUGGAGCUGCACAAGGCGGAGGGCGUCAUCGAGGGCUUUAGGGAGGAGCAGUGCAGCCUGCAGGCAGCGCUGGGCCGCAAGGAGGCCUCAGAGCAGGGACUGGUCCUGGAGCUGGAGCGCCUGAGACAGCAGCUGCAGCGGGCGGCGCAGCAGCAGGCCGAGCUGCAGGAUCAGAAGGCCGUCCUGUGCAGCCAGAAGCAGGAGACAGAAGCCACUCUGCAGAGGGAGGUGCAGCGUCUGACCCGGGAGCAGGCCGAGACCAGGCAGCAGGCCGAGAAGGACCGCUUGGCUCUGCGGUCCCAGAUGCAGGUCCUGGAGUCUGAGCUGGAGGAACAGCUGGCCCGGCAGCAGGCCUGCGCCCGGGAGGCUGAGGAGCUGCCUGGCCUGCGGCAGCAGCUGCAAUCCCUGGACAAGCACCUGCGCAACCAGCGGCAGUUCAUGGAUGAGCAGGCCGCAGAGCGGGAGCACGAGCGGGAAGAGUUCCAGCAGGAGAUCCGGAGGCUGGAGGAGCAGCUCCGCCUGGCGGCCCGGCCACCGCCCAGUGGGGCCCAGGACAGUGAGUGGCCUCAGAGGGACAAGGAGGUUGAAUCAUUACAAGAAAAAUUGAGAGAAAAGUCAGAUGGGCUUAAUGAAUUGGCAAUACAGAAAGAGUUGGUGGAGAGGCGGGUGUCAGCCCAGGAGGAGGAGAUCAGACGCCUGGAGGAGGCCGACGCCUGCAGCAGGCGGGCCCUGGCCGGGCUCCAGGAGGAGCUGGAGGCACAGCGGAGGGCCCUGCGGGCACUGCAGCAGGAGAAGGAGGCGCUGCAGGACCAGCCCGGGAGCCGCCUGCUUCUGCUGUCCGCCUCGCAGCCCCCGCCAAAUGAGAGCAGGCGUCCAGGCUACUGUCCCAAGGACCCGGAGGGCCAGCUGGAGGCCAUGCGGCGGGCACUUCUGCAGCGUGAGAGCGAGAUCUUGGACUUGAAAGAACAACUAGAAAACGCCCAAGGCGACCUGGUGAGGAGGAGCGAGGAAGUCGUCCGUCAGGGCGCACAGCUGGAUGGGCACAGCCCCGCCGCCUACCCCGGGGAGCCAUGCGCAGAGCCAGGACCCCUGCAGGCAAAGCGCUGCAGGAGCUCUGAGAUGGAGGAGCUGAAGUCCGUUAUCGAGAGCUUGCAGGAGAACCAGGCGCGCCUGCAGAGGGACAAGGCCAAGGAGGUCGAGCAGCUCCACGAGGUCAUUGAGAGGCUGCAGUGGGAGCUGUCCCUGGGGGCACCUGUGGCACGUGAGGCCAGCGGCGGCUGCCCCGAGAGCUUGCAGCGGGAGCUGGACAGCGAGCUCCAGGCAGCGCUGGCCGCCAAGGAGGCCCUGGGCCAGCUGUUGGCCGAGCGGGAGCGUGGACACAGCCAGGCCCUGGAGGCCCUGCAGCAGCGCCUGCGGGAGGCGGAGGAGGUGGCAGCGCAGCGGCUGGCCGAGCUGGAGCAGAGCACCGCGCUCAGGGAGGCUGAGGUCCAGGGCCUGGCCACCCAGGUCCGAGAGUUCGAAGCUACCCUCAGAGCAAAGGAGGUGACGAUCGCAGAGAGAGACUCAGAAAUCGCCGCUCUGAGCAGACGGAAGUCGGCCCACUUGGGGCAGCUGGAGGCCAUCUCCUCGGCCGUCGGCCGCCUCCGCCUGGCGCUGGAGCAGCCCCCCGCCGCCGGGGAGGAGGCCCCCGAGCUACAGCGGCUGCGGGCCCAGUGUGCUUGCCUCGGCCGCCAGCUGCAGAGGCUGAGCCAGCGCAUCCUGACAUGCCAGCAAGAGCCGGGCAAGCCGCCGGCACCCCAGGCUGGGGCCCACCCUGGCAUGGAGGGCAGCACGCAGGGCUGGGGCCCUAGGGCUGAGGAGGAGCUGGAGCCAGAGAUGGGCUGGGCCCCCCCCAAGACGCCUCCAGGGGGCGACCUCCAGGGCCCGGCGAGGGGUGGUCCGUGGCUGGCCAGCGCCCCGGGGCUGCCCAGCGAUGCCAGUCUCGGCGCGCAGGACAGCGUCAUGUCAGUGCUCGGCGUCUGCGAGCGGCAGCUGGAGGCUGAGCUGCUGCUGCUGAAGAGCCAGAUGCUGGCGGGAGCCGAGGGCCGCACCCAGGCCCAGGAGGAGCUGCCCGGAGACCACCGGCCGCAGGCAGUGGGUCUAAUCACCCAGGUGGACCAGCUUCAGGAGAGACUGAGCCGUCUGGUCUGCUCCAUGAACCGCCAGGACUUCCAAGCCGAGGACCCAGCGUUCCAGCAGCCCUUGGCGUUGUCACACGUGUCAGAAAAUAGCAGCUCAAGCGGUGGCUCUGGGAGCCCUGAGGAGGCAGAGGACUCGCCUCCCGCGGACGCACUGACUGUUGAGAAGACUGCAUGGAGGCUCGGUGGUGUCCCUGGAGAUCAGGGCCCAGGGGCACAGGGCGCGUGGCCAAGUGUCCCCGGGGCGGAGGGGUCGGCCUGGUGGGGCGAGCCGCUGCCCCCACUUGCCCCCUGGCACGGCAGCCCCCAGGGCUCUCCCCCCCAGGCCCAUGCCUGGGGGGCUGAACCCUUGCAGAACGGGGCACGGGCGAUGGACCGGUCCUCCUGGGGCUCCCCCGAGCUCGUCAGGAAGGACUCGACCCUGGAGCCCCCGCCCAGCCUGCCCCUUACGCCCUGCUCGGGCGCCCCGAGCCCACGUAGCCUGGACACCCCGCUGCGGGCUGGGGCGGGCACCUCGUUGCUCCAGGCUGACCAGUCAGGGCUGCUCUGGGACCCAGGGGUGCUGGCGGUGGAGAAGGCCCCAUGGUGGGCCGAGUCCUGGUCAGCCGCGGACAGGCUGCAGCGCACGUGUGUGGAGAAAGAUGUCGAAGAUUUUAUAACAUCUCUCGAUUCUCAAGAAAAGUCAGCAUCACCUGCUCCUGGGGUAGAAGGAAAGAGCAGUGGAAGUGAAAAAAGUGACGGCGCAGCGUCUGGAGAGGUGGUCAGCCCAGGCUCUGGAAGCCCCGAUGCCCCACCUGCUUGUCUCGCGGCUGCACCUCUCAGCUCUGCGAGGUCCCGGCGGCCCCUGGGCAUGGUGAGGGAGCAGGACCUGCAUCCGAAGCAAGUGAAGACACUGCUGCAGAUGGUGUGUGAUGAGAGCCACCACAUCCUGGCCUUGUCCCAGUACUGGGGCCCCCCCAGUGCCCUGAGCAAGGGGGAGCCCAGCGCCCCACUGGAGCACUUGCUGAGGCGGGGCCAGAGCCUUCUGGAGGCGGUGCCGGCCCUGAGGGGACACCUGAGCCCAGCACCCCUGAAGGGAGAGCAGGAGCCUGCCGCCCUGGGCCUGAACUGGAGGGCGGAGUUCCUGCAGGCCGUGCGGGAGGCCUUCGAGGAGGAGCGCGAGCUGAUCCAGGUGCAGCUGCAGCACCCGCUGGGUGGCCCCGACCCCAGGGGUCCCGGCUGCCUGCUGGAGCAGCUGGAGCGGGUGGUCUGCGAGCAGGGAGCCCUGCAGGAGAAGUCCUUGGAGCGCCCCCACCAGGCCGACAGGAGCAGCCUGCUGUCCGAGGUCCAGGCCCUGCGCGCCCAGCUGAGGAUGACGCACCUGCAGAACCAGGAGAAGCUGCAGCAGCUGUGCGCGGCACUGACCAGUGCGGAGGCCCGCGGGAGCCGGCAGGAGCACCAGCUGCGCAGGCAGGUGGAGUUGCUGGCAUAUAAGGUUGAGCAGGAGAAGAGCAUCGCGAGCGACCUGCAGAGAACCCUGAGCGAGGAGCAGGAGGCAGCGAGCCACGCGCGCAAGCUGCUGGUGGCCGAGCAGGCUGCGGCCCGGGCCCUGGGCACCGAGCUCCGCCAGUGCCGGCAGGAGAACGAGCGGCUGCUGCGCUCCCUGGACGACGUGCGGAAGGAGGUGCUGCGGCUGAGGUCCCUGCUGGAUGGUCAGGAGAAGGACCUGAAGGCUGCGCUGCAGGAGUUGGAGAGCGAGCGCGGCCGGGGCAGCACCCUGCAGAGCCGGCUGGAGGAGCAGCAGCAGCAGCUCGUGCAGAGGGAGGCCCAGAGUGCCUCUGCCUUGGAGGCACUGAGGGCAUCUCUGGACAAGCAGCGCGCGCAGAGCAGUCGCCUGCGGGUGGCGCUGAAGCAUGAGCAGGCAGCGAGGGACAACCUGCAGCGGGAGCUGCGCAUUGAGGCCUCACGAUGUGAGGCGCUGCUGGCCCAGGAGCGGAGCCGGCUGGCCGAGCUGCAGCAGAGCCUGGAGGCCGAGCGGGGCCGUGUGCGGGAGCUGACCGCCGCCUUGCAGCACGAGCGCCUGCUGACCGAGCAGCUAAGCCGCAGGGCCCAGGAGGCCCCACCCGCCUCUGAGGCGCAGCCGCCCGGUCCCCCGCCCCCGCCGUGGAUGCUGGGGACUGAGCAGGUGCAGACCCGCCCUGAGGAGCUCCAGCGGGAGGAGGAGCGUGAGCUUGAACUGCGGCGCCAGCGUGAGGAGCAUAAGGCAAAGCAGCUGCAGCAGCCGGCGCGGGAGUUGGAGGCGGCGCGACCCUGCCCUCAGCCCAGCGGGCUCCACCAGCAACAGCGGGGCCUGGAGGAGACACGGCAGCAGCUGCUCUGUGUGGCCGGCCUCCUGACCAGCUUCGUCAGCCGCACCGUGGACAGGACGCUGCACGACUGGACGUCCUCCAAUGAGAAAGCAGUGGCGUCUCUGCUGCGGACGCUGCAGGAGCUCAGGGCCGAGCUGAGCGCAUCCAGCCCCUCCCAGAACGUGCCGGCGGGGCUGCGGGCUGAGCUGGCAGGCGUCUUGCUGGCCGACAAUGAUGCCCUGAGGAGCGCACUGGGCGCGGCAGCGCGUGAGAAAGCGGAGCUGGGCCGGGCCGUGUCGCGGCUGGAGCGGACGCUGAAGCGGCACCUGCGCGGGGGCUGUGUGCUGAGCGUGAGUCGGGGUGUCAGGCCGGACAGGCCCGCGGGGAGGCCGGACCGCACGGCCCUGCAGCGCUCGCCCCGUCUCGCCGAGCCCGGACGCCCCGCGCCAGCUGCCAGCGGGGCCGCCCCCUGCGGCGGUGUCAGGAUGGAGAAGCUGUACCUGCACUACCUGCGGGCCGAGAGCUUCCGCAAGGCCCUCAUCUACCAGAAGCGCUACCUGCUGCUGCUCAUCGGCGGCUUCCAGGACUCGGAGCAGGAAACGCUUUCCAUGAUCGCCCACCUGGGCGUGUUUCCCUCCAAGGCCGAAGGCGCCGCGCGCCCCGUCACGCGCUUCCGCACGGCCGUGCGGGUGGUGGUGGCCAUCUCCAGGGGAGUGUCUGACCUCCCCACCCUGACCUGA